AUGGCAACCGAAAAGACGAGGAAGCGUAAUUUUACGGAGACGGAGGUGGAGGUACUUGUUGGUGAGGUGGAGGCUCGCAAAAACAUAUUAUUUGGCGGCCUCGGUAGUGGCAUCAGCAACAAACGGAAAACAGAAGAGUGGCAACACGUUGUUGCAGCUGUCAAUAGUGUGGGGGUGACGGAGAGGUCCGUGCCAGACAUUAAAAAAAAGUGGUCGGAUCUCAAGGUGGAGGCAAAGAGGAGGAUGGCACGCCACCGCCAGGGAAUGUGUGCCACAGGCGGGGGUCCUGCCACACCAAACCCCACGCCGCUGGAGCUGAAAAUAGCCUCCAUUCUUGGGCCCGCAAGCAUCUACGGCAUAGUGCCAGAGAAUGAGGGGGACACAGACCAGGCGGACGCCACAGCAGAGACCGUCACUCUACAGAUGGAGGCAGUGGGUGAGGAGAUCCCCGGUACAUCCACAGAGGAGAUGGUCAGACCCACCACGAGUGCGCCCCGGGCGCACGGCACAGCUGGAGGUGGCCGCGUGCUGACAGAUGCGGUCCUCCAAACACAAAGGGACACCAUCGACGCUGUGAAGGAAAUUCGUGAUGAAUUACAUCAAAUCCGUCAUGUAAUUAGCGGAAUGUGUGCUGUACUGUCUGAAAUUUCCACGUCAUUAAAAGAACUUGUUAAAAAAUGAGAUUUGCCUACUGCAUCUAUAUUUCAGGCUUCUGUGUUUAUGAUUCUAUGGCACUAGUGUCGGAUAUGAUGGCAUGAUGGCAUGCAUGAAUGAAGGUGAAGUUCAUCACCUCACCAGCAGCACCGCCAGUUUCCCGUCUCCAAAAUGUUCGUAAGCAAGUUUCAGAGUUUACGUACCGGUACGCACAUUUUCCCGCCACGUUAGUUUUUAUAAAUCAGAAACUUUCCGUAGAAAGUCACUUACGCCGCUUUUUGUGCGUAAGCAAGCUU